AUGGUACUUGAAGAUGAUACUCUAAAAAUUUAUAUUGAUUGGACUUACGUUUGUUCAUCACCUUCAAUAGAACAAUCUCUUGCAAUAAUCGUUGGUUUAUAUUAUUUAAUGAAUCUAAAAUUUCAUCCUUAUCGAACUGUUGCCAGAUUUUUGUGCGUUUAUUUGCUACAUGAUAAACAACAGCAAUCAAGCAAUAUUCGUAGAUUUUGUAAAGAAUAUAACAUUGAGCUGCAAGAUCAAUCUUCAUUAUCAUCUGAUCUUCCAUCUGAUCUUCCACUUGAUCAUCUACCUGAUCGCCUACUUGACCGCUUACCGGAUCGUCUACCUGAGCAAACACAAAAUAAAGCAACAUCCAUUAAUAAUUAUACAGCAAGUAAUAAUGAUGGUUUAACAAUUAUUCACAAGCAAAAUGAUAGUGAUCGAUUCAGAAAUCAAAUUCAUAUAAUACCAUCUCAACUGACCUUAACAAAUCUUCGACCUACACAAAAACGAAAAGCCAAUCAAAUAGAUGAUUCUGAGCAAUUAAUUGAAGAAAAUAAUCCACCAACGAAAAAGUCUGCCAGAGUAACUUGCCAAAAACGACGAUGA